GGUGUACUACACUUACAAGCAAAGCGCGAUUGGUUACAAAAGAUAUCAAUCGAGUUCUAUGCACAAGACGAAACCACGCCCAUGUGUACCGACCCUCUGGAGAUUGUUGAUCUUCACAUACUACUACUUGUCCUUUGUCCGCGCACUCACCAAAGUCAAACCGAUAGUGUAUGGUGUUCAGCACUGGCAGCUGGUAGACUCUCCAUUCGUUAUCGAAGACGGGGACCUGCUCAUACCCCCUGAUGCAACGCUCCGUAUUGAUCCGGGCGUCCACGUUCUUUUGGGUCCGGGGUUGACGAUCAAAGUUCGGGGUACUUUAAUCGCCAGAGGAUUGCCAAAUGCGAAAAUAGUUUUUGAUAGCCUCUUGGCCGCCGGAAGAUUUAACAUCACAAACAUGGGGGUUCGUGGAGAUGUUGUUGAAACAGAUCCGUCCGCGCAGAGGAUUCGUCUAGUCGAUGGAUCUGAAGUGAGACUAGGUCAUUUACAACUAUGGAUUGCAAAUCAUUGGCGCUACGUAUGCAGUCGGAAUCGUGUGUGGACCAAAGAUGACUGUCGCGUAGCAUGCCAGCAACUCGGAUAUUCCGAUGGAAAUUUCACCUUAGGACCCACUGCACCGAGGCGAACGGCCGGUAUUGAGAUUUUGGCGCCAAAAUGCAAGGGAAACGAAGCCUUCAAUGUCUUUGCAAAAACAGACACCUCCGGAGGUUUAUUUAGUUGUCCUGGUACGAUAGAACACGCACGCAUUGGAAGUGGCGUCUGCAAAUGGCAGGAUCUCGUCGGUCUCAACUGCUGGGGUGUGACAGAACGAUGGUAUGACCAUUACUGGAAAGGAAUCGAACUGGACAAUACUACAACGACUGAAAUAAAUAUACCACUUGAAUGGGGUGGUAGCGUGGGCAACACACGUCUCAAUAUUUCAACGUCAAUUUUAGAACACAUAGAGAUUUUACACGCAGGUGUCAAUCGCUCACGUCAUCAGGUGGCCGCUUUGAGCGCCAGUCCUUAUCCACCAGUGUUGAACAACGUUCGUUUAGCACACAAUGCGUAUGACGCGCUCAAUUUUAGUCUCAUCCGGGGUCCAGCCAUUCUACAAAACGUCACGCUAGAAGGAAAUUCGGGUCAUGGAGCAGUUGUGUCAACUCUGUUCGGAUACGUGCGUCUGCUUGGUGUGAACGCACAUGACAACGGCGGAGACGGUGCCAGAAUUCACAUGGUGUCCGGAUCCGAAUACCACUGGCCUGACGAAGCCCCGGAAUUGGUACACCGAGCCCACUGGCCUUGUCGACCAGGAGCAAUACCUGCUAGUCCAGUUUUUCCUUUCUUGGUGGUUAGCGAGUUGCCUGGUCCCACCUUCAGAAAAUCUGGGAGCUGUGAACUGCGGAUCGAAUCCGACCAGUCCAUCCAAGUUCUAACAGUCACCCCGCUUGAAGUCCUUCACGAUCCCUUGGCCUCCGGUGUCUUGGACGUCUGGGAUACGGUGACUGGAGAACAACUUGCACACUGGAAAUUACGCAAUGAAUCUGCAAAGCUUGGGCACUUGGGAGUUCGUUAUGGACGUCUAUAUCAAGGUGUUUCCUCAGUGAAAAAUAAAAUCCUCAUCCGAUUAACUUGGGAAAAGCCUGCCCAGCAAGCCGUAUGUUCACAAUUUGCCAGCUGCGUCAGAAUUGUACUCCAAGUUGCUGUGGGACUAACAAAGAUGCCUGAAGUAAUCAUCGAGGACUCACGAUUCUUAAAUAAUAUGCAUCGAGGUGUCCGCAUCAGUAGCCCAUGGUCCUACCUUCGAGUGGUAAGAAGUCGUUUUGAAAGCAAUCGAUACCGCGCCGGUUUGCAGAUCGUGAGCGGGUCAGCAGAUCUGUUUUUACACAAUUGCAGCUUCCUUCACAACGAACAUGCGGGUCUAAAUGUUGGAACUAUCGGCGGAUUCCGUCAAAUAAACCAAACGCUUUUUGCUGAAAACAGAGGACACGGGCUCGAAGUUUGGAAUAUACCUUCAACCGAAGGACGUCAACCAAAUAGCAUAAUUGCUACGCAUAUUCACACUUCCAGCUUCAUCGCCAACUGGUGGAACGGUAUACAAUCCCUUAACUCCUGUCGACCCUUUUUGUCUCUGGUGAACUAUUCCAUAUUUGAGCGCAAUGGAUUGAGCGGUAUUCGACAGUAUUCCUGCCUUGAGGAGUAUCACACACGAUCCAUGACGAAUUUCACAGUCGGAUACAGCCAUUUCCGUGACAAUGGCCAGAGAGCAAUUUGGGUAGAGCCCAUGACGAGAAUGCAUGGUCACAUAACUAACUGCACUUUCGUCGACCACCAACACGGAACAAUUCUUGUAGACAACUCACAGGAUUUGGUGAGUGGAGAGUGGUUUCGAUCCGCUCCUGUCAAGUACGUGAUCAGAAAUUCAAAGUUUAUGAACAACUGCGGCCCCAACGUGCUCAAUCUGCGUCUUACCGAGAUUUCUGAGUUACAACGCAUGGAUGUGAUCUUUAACAUAUUUCUCCAUAACAGGGUCACGACGCUUUUCAGUGGUCUAAAUCCACGGUCUUCUGCAGCCGCGGUGGUGAUUAUAGGCUCAUCGAAUAUCAUUGUUCAGCGCAACCACUUUUGGAACCCCGCAUCUAACAUCGAGGUUGCCAGUGAUUUAUCGGCUCCGGAUAAGCGAAUCAACGUUACGCUGAACUACUGGGGCAGUCUGUUGGACUGGAACGCCACCGAUUGGAGUUACAUUCACAAAGCAGUUCAUAUGAAAUUGUUUGAUCAGAAUCACAGGUAUACUUUAGCCCGUAUCGAAUACCACCCCGUACUCAAGGAUCCUGAUCUACAUAGCUACUUUACCUCCGCAAACGAACCCCCAUAUGUACCGGAAUUCAUCCAGUUUGAACCUGGCUCCCACCAAGUCCGCAUAGGAGGGCGGAUCGCUGUAGAACGAGCACGUCGAGUGGAACUGGCUCCUCUGGCCGAUCCAAAAGACUACUAUCAUGUGAUCAGCGAUAUCUUCGUCCCUCCCGGUGGUGUGCUAGCUGUACAACCCGGGGCUCGACUGUUAUUCGAACCCGGUGUGGGGCUGUUCUCGCAGGGCGAACUUCAGCUAAUGGGAACGGAGGGGGCACCAAUUAAUAUGGAAUUGUGGGGACCUGAGAUGGCCAAUCAUAGUAAUCUCUUCCCGAAUUUCACAAAAAUCCCCAUUACGACAGAACAGGCCCAGGCACAUCUUUCCGCAUUUGGAAAUCGAACUGUUCGGCUUACCGGAGGACACUGGAACUCACACAGUUUUGUGGGUCGUCUGGAAAUUGCGCUGCCGUUGAAGGUUAACGUGAACCGAACCGGAAUCCAUCAAUCAGGAGAGUUGGUUUGGGGUACCGUAUGUUCUGAAGGCUUCGGACCACAUGCCGCUAUGCUCGCUUGCUCAGCGCUCGGUCUGGCUGCUCAUCCAAAAGAUUGGUUGGUAUCACGAGAACUUCGGGACAGAGUUGCGGCCAAUGCGAAUCACUGGGCCAACACUAACCACAUGCCUGUUCAUCUGGCAUACCUUGACUGUGAUAGUCACAAUAGCGACCUGAUUCUGUGCGAACAUGACCCGGCCGGUCAACACAAUUGCCCACACACUUAUGAUGUGGUCCUUCGAUGUCAUCAACCCGGCUGGGCAGGAAUUCGCGUCGCUGCGUCCGACACAGGAUCCCGGACCCCGGUUCGUCACGUGCAUCUGUCUGAUGCGGGUCUGUUGGAUUACAUGCGUUUGGAGUACACACCGGCGUUCCAGCUGGAUUACUACGGUUCCACCAUUGAACAUCUGUCGAUCAAGAGAAGUCGAUCUCACGGUCUACGCUUAGUCCAAAGUCACCCACUGGAUGGAACCACAUUAGUAAACAGCCAAAUAAUGGACAGCUUUGAGCACGCGCUUUUGACUCAUACACCGUGGCUUCAGAUUCUCAACUGCAGUCUGAAGCGAAGUCAAGUUGGAGCUGGACUCGCAUACGUUCCCUCCAUAUCCCCCGGAGAGAUAUUUCAACUCAGAUCAGGUAUGGUCCAGACCUUGACAUUGUUCGAUCAGUCGGCCGCUGGCAAUACCAAGGAGCCCGUUUUGGAAGAUUGGAAUUUGGUUAAACAGUGGCACAAGCUUCAUCCUACUGGCUUGACUUUUGUGAAUGUGCAGUCUGGAAGGAUGAGAGAAAAGACGAUCUACAAAGCUGAACUGGCAGCCGAUGAUGUGCACCAUAUGCAUCAAAUUGUUAUCCACCUCCUCGAUUUCCCCGCCUCCACAUCGCCGACUAGCAGGGAUCAGGCGAGGGUAGCUCCAAACGCUACGGUUGGACCCACAAGCGGCCCCCCAGGACUUCUUCCUGCCAGUCCACUGCACAGCCGCACUUCUAGGUCUAAGUAUACGGACGAGAAGACGUUGGAGGAAGUGAUUAUUUACGACGCUCCAAUGGACACUGUUGAGCCUCAGCGUUCGUACAGCUGGCAUAUCCCUCGCGACUUAGUCCACCUACCACUGAUUUCUUCUGCUCACAGAGUAACUAUCGAACUUCGAGUUCAGGGUAUCCGCUCCGGAAGGUUGCUGUUCGCUGUAGAGACCCGAAACUUCCAAUACUCUAUCCAUCUACGUGAUUAUGCCACAUCCGGAGCACAACUGCACCGUGAAGCAUUUGGUGCGGAACCUGAAGCCCGCUAUUCACCCGUUCCGCACCUCCGUGUCGUCAAUACAACGGUGAACUCUAACGCAAUCGGUCUGGUCUUGUACCACUGCAACCACCCUACUGAUUCUUAUGACCGAUUAUGCUGGCGAAAUGCCGGAGAGGUGUUCACCUUCACAGAUAGCACAGUCGCAUACUCCAAUGGACUGGCGGUACACAUGGACUCGUUCUCUAGAUUCCGCACCGAUUGGGGUGAGCCACUGCAUGCUGAUUUCGACCAAUUCGAGGAGAGGCUAUCUCUGAUUGCCCAUCGUUUCGAAAAUUGUCAUUUCUUAGGUAACACCGGUGGCUUCAUUCUAACAGAGCAAACCCCCACACACUUUGCAAACAAUGUUUGGUCGUUUCUUCUCGCUAACAGUCACUUCGAGAACAAUUCAGUUUUGCAGGACAACCUCUACAGGGAACAAAAAGGCAUCCGAUUUCAUCUUCCUUUUGUUGGCAAACAAUACGACUGGCGUUACAAUCCGGACGCUACACAUCGGUUACAACUCAUUCGUAACACCUUCACGCACAACCAGUGCUUCACACUGAGCGUCGACGGUUAUUAUGCCGAGGUGGAGCUAAGUGACAAUCUGGUUGAAGAAAAUUCCUGUCAUACGUCCCACGGUCAGGCUGUCAAAUGUAAUGGGUUAAUUUGUUUCGAAGGUAUGGAGAAAUCCAUCCGCGUGAAUCGCAAUCGAAUUGCGGGAAAUCAGAAGUGUGAUUUUGUGCUAGGAUUCCAUACACUCAGUCAAUCACCCGCCUCAAGUGAGUUCGUCGCCAAGGUGGUCAACAACUUCAUACAGGACAACAGCUGUGCCGAGAUGGCCCUCACCAGUGGUUCGUUCGCGAAUCCGCCCACGUGCUAUGCCGUCGGAAUAUUUGGUCCGUUAAACGUUACCGUCCAGCAAAACAUACUAAGCAACAUGGAGCAGACAAGUGUACAUGGUGGAAUGCGGUACGAGCUGGCUGCUUCUGUGCGGUCUACGAAUAGUUUGAAUUAUUUCGAUGCCACAAACAACUUCUGGGGGACCGCAAAUGAAUCAAGAAUCAGAGAUCGCAUUUUUCAAUUCGACAACUGGAACUCGUUCUCUGUCGUGAACUUCGACCGAUAUUUCAUUAAUGAGAAGCUCUCUGGCACCGCUAUGACAAAAACCGCAGCCAAUGACCGUGAGAUUCGGGUGAUGACAUUUGGAGGCCGGUUGCCAUGCAGCGCCUCCCUCGUGUACCGUAACCAACCGUAUCAGGUGAAUUCUGAUCUCACAGUCUUGCCGGGAUGUGAACUACGGAUAGAUGCUGGAGUAUGCCUGAAAUUCUCCCCAAAUGUGGGAUUGCUAGUACUCGGGCGCCUGGUGGCUCAGGGCUUCAAGAAUCGACCCAUCCGCUUCACCACCAUGCACACUCCAUCUGACCCACUGACAGAGCCGGCACGCCCGCUAGAGUCCCAAUUUCAACGCGACAAUGUGGUCGGCAGCAGAUCAAAGCACGAUGCUGGACGUGGCAGGCUUGGCUUAUCCACAGAUUCCGUACGGCUAGUGGGUGGUGAACAGCAUUACGAGGGUUUUGUGCACUUCUAUAACUCAACCGCCCAAAGCUGGAGCAUUGUGUGCGACCGACAAUUCUCUACCGAAGUGGCACAGGUAGUUUGCUACGAAGUCGGUCAACCCACGUUAAACGCCAUCGUCCGUGUCUCCCACCUGUACGACAUUCGUGUAUAUGGUUAUGAUAACCCGUUUGUGAAAAAGCACAUCUGGAUGGAAAGCUAUGCAUGCAACGGGUUUGAGCGACAUCGUCAUCAGUGUUCCAGACGGUUCAACUAUGACCAUGAAAGCUGUUUACAAGAGCGGGGAUACGUAUUUUUGCGAUGUGCCCCGACACCUCACAUCAGACGAAACACAUCCGAAUCAAAUUUGUUUUCUUUCACAUGGGGAAACAUCCGCAUCAUACAACAGCUACCCGAGAAGGACGAUCCGGAAAUGGAGGAAGCCAAACAGUCCGUCUUGGAAUAUGUGACACUAGAGCGCGCUGGAUUGUUGCACGGUCAACGAGUGUCUGCUGUUACAACGGUUCACGCACAUCCAAGAAUAUCACACGUCAGUAUCAUCGAUUGUCUCGGGGAUGGAUUUGAAUUCAUCACUCCCAGGGGGGUGAUCGAUAUGUCCAAUACCACGGUACGCGGAUGCUUGGGACGUGCCGUCAGUCUGAUCGCGCUCAAUAGUGAUUCCAUCGAUCCCACGACAUCUGGUUGGGAGGCAUCAAAAAAAUUGGAACACCUGCGACCCACCGUGUACCCGAGACAGGGAUCCUUGUUGCCCGCUCCUCAACCUUCCCCCGGAUCACCACGGACGGUAACAACCUCAGACUUGACUCGCUUACCAUUGGAGGAGUAUCCGUACAGCGUCGAACACAAUAUCCUCGGUUUUACUCCAAUGUGUGCGUCGGAGAAGACCCUACACGUGUUGGAUCGAGUUGUGGUACAGUAUCAGUACAGCUGGGUCGGAUUGCAAAUAUGUACUAAAAUCUUUCGUUCCCAGAUUCCAGGAAGACGCUUGGCUUGGAGAUUUCUGGCAGUGAAACUUGGUCAGGAUCAACUUGCAAAGAAUACUCUGGAGUUGUACAACGGCGCUAAUUUUAACACAACCCACCUCAUCGCGAAGGUGACUUCGGAGACGCUGAACAAUCACAGUUCGCCAGUAAAUGAACGUUACACAUUCCUCACCUCACCGGUCCAUGAUGUGCUCUCGGUGCAUCUGUUCGCAAGUCCAGCGAGCAAACGUCACGGAUUUGUCGCUGAGGUGGUCACCUUACCACUGUCCCCGGGACGAAUGUAUUCAGAAACGAAUAACGCAUUACGCCAUCGUGUAGACACAUGCGAAUUUCAGUCGAAUCAGGGUGGAGGCAUCCGAGUGCUCAGUGUGGGAGAAAACGGUCCAGAUUUGUAUAUGUCCAACCUACGCCUAAUUGACAACGGCGUCAGAAUUCUCAAUCUAACCGGACCUGCUGCUGUCUAUUUACGUGUCACAAAUUCUAUCAACCUGGGAAUCACGAACUGCCUCAUUUUCCGACACGAAGGACACGCCAUCCACGCAUUAUUGUACGCCAGUCAAGCUGCCAGGGGAACCACAGUCAACGUAACAAACAACGCAGUCGUUCGCAAUCAGAAUGGAGGAGUACUGUGGCUAGAGGGUAAUCAGUUCAGCGUAUCACAGAUCCUCCGUAAUUACUUCACACACAACAAUGCUGACCAGUUGGAGUUGAUCCGCAUUCAAGGCGUGGUCGCACGUCCGUUCGCCCACAACUUUGUGCAUGAUAAUAUCGCCGGGUUGGUGCUGCAGUGUAGCGGGGAUGAGGACAUGAGCCGAGGUUCUUUGUUCGAACAGAAUGGGUUCUACAAGAACGAGGCUAUAAAUACCACGUGGCGUUCCACAGUGUUCGCAGCUCACUCCAGGAAUGUGUUUCGAAAUAACUACUUCAAAAAUCACGCAAACCACUACGAGUUGGCAAUGGGAAACAGAAGCAUCCUCCGGUCAGUUUAG